AAACCUGUUGCUAGGCAACAGCGAGGUUCGACCACUUCUCCAGGAUGAGAGAAUGGCGUCUCUGCUGCCACCUGUAGGUAUGGAGGUUUUCAGAUGCUUCACAGCAGUCUCAAAGGAGGUGGUCCAACAACGACACGAAGCUGAGGUAAAGGAGCGAAAGGCGUGGAAGCACCAAAAGGCAAGUGAGAAAAACCUGACCAAACCUGCUCGUCACCUGGAGACUGGGAAGUCCCUCCCUUUCAUCUAUGGUGCCCCCCCCCCUCAGCUUCUCUGCACCCCAUUGGAGGAUCUGGAUCCCUUCUACCAAUCACAGAAG